GAGACUUCUAGACUUUUUCAAUGCUGCCCUCUCGAACUUUCCUCCAUUCCCCUUAAUUACUCCUCCAAGCUCCAGACCAGCUACUCCUCCAUGGUUCUAAAGCAACUUGACUUCGUGCAAAUCAAUUACACUUCUUAGAAGUAGCAGCAUUCAUUCAUUCGGUUUCUGGGCAGCUUGGUUCUAAGGCAUCACAGCACAACAUGAGCACUGUGGUGGAAGCAAUAAAUCAUCUUUUCAAUUUCCCAGAAACCCUUGACAAAUUCAUGCUCAAUUCGUCUUCCCGGGCAGGGGAAGGGGCUGGCAGUGUUGCCAAUGACAGCAGGGGAGGAGUAGGUUCCCUCCCAGCAGUUGACAUUCUUGAUUCGCCCAAGGCUUACGUCUUCUACGUGGAUGUUCCUGGCUUGUCCAAGUCUGACAUUCAGGUGACUUUGGAAGAUGAGAACACAUUGGUGAUCCGGAGUAAUGGGAAGAGGAAGCGUGAAGAUGGCGAAGAGGAAGGCUGCAAGUACAUAAGGUUGGAGAGGAGUGCACCCCCGAAGUUGUCGAGGAAGUUCAGAUUACCCGACAAUGCUAAUGCGACUGCCAUUUCUGCCAAAUGUGAAAAUGGGGUCUUGACCGUGACUGUGGAGAAGCUGCCUCCUCCGCCCAAGUCCAAGACCGUUCAAGUUGCUAUUUCCUAGGCGGUGCCUGUGUCCACAGUAACAUCAACUUGCUCCUAACGAUGGCGAUUUCUGAGUGUCUGGGCUGUACUCUUGCUCCUCCAAUGAAGUUACGAGGCCCUUUUUUUUUUUUUUUUUUUUGGGGAUUCGCUAGUUCGAUGUACUGAAUAUAAUAGCAAGCAGUAGUAAAUUUGUCUUGAACGCUUUAAAAGUGCUUUGAUUUAUCUGGACCCUUUGGAAGAGGAUUUAAGGGGCUUAUACUUGCCUCGUUUCGUAAA